CCAUACAAUGAAAAGGCUUUAUUGAGAAUCGACCCAAAUAUCUAAAGUGAGGCAGAGUAUGUAAUUGAAAAUAUCGGGAGCGCUGGCCGGACAAGCGCUUGGUGUGUCGCACUGGGUUGACGUAUGAGUCCGUUUACUGGAUUUCCCGUGCAUUUUGACUAAUCCAAAUGCCUUCACUUCGAAGUUCAUGAUGGCGCAUUUUAUCAAGGGAACUGUGAUAUUGCUUCUAAUUGCUUGGAUACCCACUUUCAUUAAAGCACAAGCGAGCCAGCAGAUAAAUGUUCGUAUAGCUUCAGGAAGUGGUGAUGGGAAAUCUUACGGCCGGGUAGAGGUGUCUAAAGGAGGGUCAGCCUGGGGGACUGUUUGUGAUACUGGUUGGGAUGAUAACGAGGCCCGAGUUGUGUGUAAGCAGCUGGGAUAUCUUUGGGGAAGGGGUUACGCCAACUCAAAAUACGGACAAGGUACCGGCGUAAUAUACAUUGACAACGUGAUUUGUAAGGGGAAUGAGGCCUCACUAAGCGACUGCAUCUCCAGCCAGUGGGGAACACAUCAGUGUAGCCACAGCAAAGAAGCCAGCGUACAAUGCUUCAACACAACGGUGUUCGUUCCUUCUGCCGUCGAUGGUGUCUACGGCCCCGUGUUGGUGUGGCACCAGGACCAAUGGAUGCCGGUGUGCGACAGCAGCUGGUCAGACAAACAGGCCCAAGUAGUCUGCAAGCAACUCGACUUUACAACCGGCUACGGGUUCUGCUGCUCAACAUUCACGACCUGGACACAGAGUAUUGGGACGUAUAGUAAGGCAUUGACGGUUGGGACAUGUAACAGUGGGGCGACCAAGAUAGAGGACUGCCGGUCCGUGGUACUGUCUAACGCUUGUGGAUACCGACAUCAGGCGUCCGUCUUGUGCCUUAACCAGACUAAAGACUCAAAUGCGUUCAAGGUGCGACUGUCUGUUAAUGGCCGUCCAAGUAACACGACCACGUCAGGGCGGGUUGAAGUGCGGUAUAAAGGAAAGUGGGGGACAAUAUGUACCAAGAAUGCCACAGAUGAGAUAGCGGAGGUGGCCUGCGUGCAGAUGGGUUACGCUGGCGGCUGGGCUCUCGGGGCCAGACCGGGGAUAUCUAAUCUCAUGGUCUGGAUGGGGAACGUGAGUUGUGAUGGAACGGAAGCCUCCCUGCUUAAAUGCGAAUCGAGUGGAUUGGGAAAAUUCGGAUUCUGCGACCACGAUAGUGAUGUGCAUGUGUUGUGCUAUGAAGAUGCAUAUUCGAAAGCUGAAUGCAGAAUGACUGUCCUAGGAACCGAGUACGCCGGUAAACAAAACAAGACCGCAUCGAGCCUUACCUGUCAGAGAUGGGACUCGCAGUAUCCUCACGCACACGGGUCAAACAAGACUAUGCAAUUUCCGGAGAAUGACCUUGCCGAUGCAGCCAACUACUGCAGGAACCCAGGCGCUUGGCGCGGGGGAUUGUGGUGUUACACUACCAGUCGUACAGUCAUUUGGGAUAAAUGUGAUGUGCCGUUAUGCAAAUCUGACCAGUGCAAACACACCAUGAAGGGGACCCAUUACAACGGCACAAUGAGUGCAGUGGGUAAUAUCCCGUGCCAGAGAUGGGACUCUCAGACACCACAUCCUAACUCGAUGAGCCAGCGAACCACUUUCAUCGAUGGUAACGCCACACUGGCGCAGAACUACUGUCGAAACCCUGAUAAUGAUCCACGUGGCCCCUGGUGCUAUUCUACUGUAACAACACCAAUAUAUCAGUAUUGCAACAUUCCGUACUGCUCUUUCCAUGAUAAGUGCCGGCGCACACCACUGGGUCGGGAAUACACUGGUACAAAAUCCAUUUCAAAGAACGGGUAUCCUUGCCUAUCUUGGUAUGGGAUAUUACGUUCUCUGCGCUGGGGGACCCAGUUCCCGGAACAUAGUACAUCAGCAGCUAAAAACUACUGCCGCAAUCCAAAGAAUAAACCAAAAGGACCUUGGUGUUAUGUCUCACUGAAUAACAGGAUUUACUAUGAUUAUUGCAACAUUCCAUUUUGCAAUGAAAUAAAGGUUCGACUGAUGGGCGGAAAGGAGCGUAGCCACGGUGGACGCGUUGAAAUCGAAUAUGACGGGCAAUGGGGUACAAUCUGUGACCGCAACUGGAAUAAUAAGGCUGCAAGGGUCGUCUGCCGGCGGCUUGGCUAUGCGGACGGGGUGGCCAACAGAACUACCUACACUGACAAAGCAUCGGGCCCCGUGUGGCUUGACAGGUUGAACUGUACGGGAAAUGAGACAUCCAUUGAGAAAUGCAACAGUAAGGGAAGGUGGAAUGUGAAAGACACGGCAUGCACGGGACAUAGUCGAGAUGCCGGGGUCCUGUGUUCAAUUGAUGUCAAGCUGGGCUACGGUUAUAUGAAACCAAACCAAGCUAUUGGGAUGAUAUUGCUCUACAACAACAGUAUUUGGUCGAAGCAAUGCGGAAACACAUGGGACGACAACGCCAGCAAAGUGGUCUGCCGCCAACUUGGUUACAACUACAGCAAGACUUUGUGCUGCUCUACCUACGGGAUGCAACUGAGAAGCGUGGCCUUCUAUCACCCGCAGUGCUUUGGCAACGAGACCAAGAUACACGAAUGCAAGUUUAUUCCGCGGACGUGUCAGUCUCACAGUACGAACUAUGCUUCUGUCAUGUGCAGCAAAACGCCGUUCAGAGCCCUUGAGAUUGGCUUGGCCGGAGCGAAAGCAAAAUCGGCCAACUUCUCAGGCAAUGUCGUGGCGAUGUAUUCAGGCGUGACGGGUUCCAUCUGUCGGAACGGUUGGGGCGACGAAGAGGCUACAGUCGUCUGCAGAGGUCUUAAUUACAAAGCCGGUGUGGCUCUUCAACACCGCUUGGACAAGACCGUGGAUAUCCUCGCGUCGGACUUUCGCUGCAAGGGGACAGAGCAACAUAUUCUUGACUGUACAUACAGGAAUACAUCUAGCUGUCCGACCCCGUUCCGAUACUCAAAGCAGGCAGGGGUACUUUGCUACAAUAAAACUGGUCUGGCGUUCCGAAUAGUUGAGCAAUCUCCAGGAGCGGGAAGGGUUGAAGUACAGUACGAUGGCGUCUGGGGAACCGUCUGCGAUAGCCUUUGGUCAAAUUAUGACGCUGGGGUGUUCUGCCGCCAAAACGGUUACCGAGAUGGGAUUGCAGUCAGGGGAUCUAGAAUGGGUCGUGGGACUGGGCCAGUCUACCUUACUGGCUUUUCAUGCCGUGGUACGGAAUCCACCAUUCUCCAGUGCAUCAACUUCGGAUGGAAAAGCGUGUAUUCCAGCUGCCUGAACCACAGCAGGGAUGCUGGGGUUAAGUGUUUCCAGAAUGUACGAUUGUACCGCAGUGUAGCGAACAGCACCACAAAAGCCGCCAUCGGUGCCGUAUUGGUGAGGAAGUCGGGACUGUGGGGCAGGGUGUGCAGCAGUGGGUUUGAUGACAAUGAUGCCUUGGUGGCCUGCCGCGAACUCCACUACACCCAUGGGAAAUAUCUCGGGCCCGGCGUAUUCGGGAACAUAUAUAUUUCACGGAUUUGGAUGAGUGAUACUCAGUGCCAGGGGAAUGAGGAUAGUAUCCUUAACUGUACAUACAACUCAAGCAGUCUAUAUAGUUGUAGAUAUGAUUAUUCCGACUACGCCUCAGUGAUGUGCUACAGUGGAACAGCUCAACCCAAAUUCGACCUGGCUACCAGAAAGGUUUUUGUCCGCGACGCUCCAUACUUCCGACGCGUCUUGUUCGAAGUGCUGGGCAUGAGGACAAGAGUAUGCUCGACUGCCUGGACGGACGUAACAUCCAAUGUUACUUGUAAACAGCUAGGUUACACUGGCGGCGUAGCAAUGAUAACGCGCUCCAACACCAGUCUCCCAGUGCUUACACCAAAGUUCAACUGUAAUUCGCAACAUACCAAGAUUGAGCAGUGCCGGACUGAUUAUAGGAGUAAUGUUCGAUGCCCCAAUACUAGUUUCCAGGCAGGUGUCCUGUGUUACAAUAAGUCACCUGGUGUCCAAUUCCGCAUCAGUGGUGGAAGAAGUAGAAGCAUAGGUCGAGCCGAGAUCGGCUAUGAGGGGAAGUGGGGAACAAUAUGUCCUGGAAGCUAUGCUUACCACACAAAUCUCUCUCGAUUGGCAAAGGUCCACUGCCGAAGCAUGGGAUAUCCAAAUGGCAAGGUGUCGUAUUCUUCCGUCACAGCAGCAUCAUCUGGCACACCGAUCAACCUCAGAAUGAUCAGAUGUACUGGUAAUGAGGCAAAUCUACUGAUGUGUAUGCACUAUGGUUGGAUGGGACGGAACACCAGCUGCAACCAUAGAUCGGAUCUGAAGGUUUCUUGCGAUACCGAUGUUAGAAUUGGUUCCGACAAUUCCAAGUCCUUCGGCCCGCUGUAUGUCAGGUAUUCAACAGGCCGAUACUCGAGCUACUAUCUCAUCUGUGACAACACCUUCACCGAUAGGGAAGCAAAUGUGGCCUGUCGGAACCUUGGCUAUCCAGGAGGACGGGCGCUCUGCUGUUCUGCUUUUGGCAGAGUAAGUGGGUUGAUCCGAGUCAAGGAUGUGAGGUGUUUAGAGGAAGGCAGGGAUAUCAGCAAGUGUGCCCACACGAUCAUCGGAAGUAAUUACCAGUGUCCGAAUCGAGCCUAUGCUUCUGUGGCUUGCUUCGACAAGCCGCCAUCUACGGCCAUGUCAAUAAGUCUCACGAAUGCCACAAGUCCUAUCAAAGGAACCGUCUCUGCUCCUGUAACUGUCACCUACCUCGGCAUACCCGGAAACAUUUGCCCAUCAACCUGGACUGACAAGGAAGCCAUGGUUGUCUGCAGGCAGCUUGGUUACGCUGGCGGCCAGGUCUACAGGCACUACCCACCACCACCAGGACCGUUCUGGUUAGGGAACAUCAGCUGCACUGGGUACGAGAACAGCUUACUGGAUUGUAAGGUGUCUGGUCGGGGCGGAGUGAGGUGCACGGAGAAGCGGUAUGUCUGGGGCACGUACUUGACUGCUGGAGGUGUAGUAUGCUGGCCAACCAAGACAGCUCCACCUAAAUACAACCUGGUGAACGGCACAAAGCGAUCAGGGAGGGUAGAAAUAAAUUUCAAUGGGACGAAGGGCGCUAUCUGCCAAUACAGCUUCUAUUCAAAUGAGGCAGCUGCAGUGUGCCGAGGCAUGGGUUUUCUUGGAGGAGUACACGAUCGACAGUACUUCGGAUACAAUUACACGGGAAGGCCUUUCAUCCAGCGGUUGAAGUGCGGUGCGAAUGCAUCCUCUGUGGCAGAUUGCUCGCAUUCGUCUUGGAGGAACUCGAUGCAGCAGCAAAUGGGAAGGGCCUGUCAGGCAGUUGGGGUCACUUGCUUUGGCAAAGUUCGCCUGGUAGUUGGCCCAACUAACAACUUCGGUAUAGUUCAACUUGAUAAGGGGAGUAUCUGGUACAACAUGUGCGACGAGGGUUUCGAUGACAUGGCUGCCCAGGUCGUUUGCAAAGAAUUGGGGUUCACUGAUGGAAAGAAAGUGUGCUGUUCUACCUUCAGAAGGAUGGCGUAUACUGGAAACCAGGUCUUGAACAAUAUAAAAUGUCAAGGAUCAGAAACCUCUCUUGAAAAGUGUGAGAGUGACACUGCACACUGUACCAGUGGACGGUAUGCAUCCGUGUACUGCGUUAACAACACAGUUGAUGUUACGAAACCUACCAAGUUCUACCUCUCAAGGGACUACAAUUUGCGAUACACUGGUAGUGUUAACGUCAUGUACAAGGGCGUCCUCGGUCGCGUAUGCAGUCAAGGGUGGACUGACAGAGAAGCAAAUUUAUUCUGCAAGCAGCUGAACUACAAGGGCGGAGUUGCUUUCACCCAGAACUUGAUCAAUCCGAUGCCAGUGAUGAUAUCGAAUGUGACCUGCAGCGGUGCUAGCAAAACCUUAGAGAGGUGCACUUUUGAUGAUGUCAUCACGAGCGAGAACGGCGGCUGUGACAGAUUUUCGCCAACAGCUGGUGUGCUGUGUGCUCAGUCCGAUACAUCUAUCGGGUACCGCCUGGUUGACGGUGGAGACAGUUACGGGAGAGCCGAAAUAAAGUAUGAUGGUGUUUGGGGGACUAUCUGCUCAGACGCAUGGUCGACGAAUGAUGCUACUGUAUUCUGUCGCAGUUUGGGAAAAGGAUUUGUUUAUGGAAAAAGAAAAUAUCAGUCCUUUGGGAAAGCAGUUGGCUCUCCAGUCUGGUUCACCAACACAUACUGCAAUGGCAAUGACAGCUCCCCCCUGCAGUGUCAGAGCAGUGGGUGGUUACAGGUCCGAUCAUACUGCAGAACCCACUCAUAUGAUGCAGCUGUGCAGUGUUAUGGAAAAGUCCGGCUGGACACAGCGUCGUAUGGACGAAUUAUGGUUUAUACAGAAAAUACAUGGAGCAGUGUCUGUGAGCAGGACUGGGGCCAAAAGGAAACUGAUGUCGUUUGCAAAAGCUUAGGGUACAGUGUAGGAUAUACCCUAUGCUGUGCUGCCUUUGGAGCGAACUACAGACUGGCUAGGAUAACAGGCUUCCAGUGUACAGGAACUGAAUCUGAUCUACUGGACUGCCCUCAUCGCAAAGCAAAGGACGCAGAAGGAAGGGCUUGUACUAGGCAGAAUUAUGCGUCUGUGGCAUGUUCCAAUAGGACGUUAACUGCCUACGAAGACCUAAAGCUCAGUGGCAAUUCAAACACUGGAAAAGUCUUAAUCGCCUUUAACAAUAUCUACGGCCGAAUCUGCCAGGACGGAUGGGACAACAAUGCAGCAAGGGUUGUCUGCAGGGAGCUGGGCUUCAGGGACGGAACUACUUACACACACUAUGAAAGCUCAUACUAUGGCAGCUACAACCCCUACUGGACCAGUAAUGUUAAGUGCAAUGGCUUCGAAAGGACACUUCAGCAGUGUCCGAAGACUGCUUACGGGAAGGUGACAUCGUGCAGUAGUAGGCAUUCUGCAGGAGUGCUGUGCUUUAGGAACUCGGGUGUCACCGUUCGUAUGACGGGCUCUGACGAUCCAAAGACAGGAACGGUGGAGGUAAUGGUGGACGGGACGUGGGGAACGGUUUGCAAUAGCUAUUUUGGAGAUCCUGAUGCCAAGGUUCUUUGCACAUCCAUGAACUUCGCAGACGGCAUAGCAAUCAGCAGGACUCCUUAUGGUCGAAGCGGAGAGGCGAAAACCGUAUGGUAUAACCGGUUGAACUGCUUUGGCAAUGAAAGUAGUAUUGAUGUGUGUCCUCAUAGCUCAUGGAAGAAAGCGACUAGUUUUUCCUGCCGGUACCAUCGACACGAUGUCGCCGUCAACUGUUACGGACAUGUCAGGCUCAUCAACACGUUAAGUGGACCAAAGCCCAUCAACAACACCAGUGGAGCGGUGCAAGUCUUCACCAGUAACAGUUCCUCCUCUUCUGCCAGUAAGACCUGGUUCCCUGUCUGUGACGAAGGAUUCACAGACUCUUCAGCAAGGAGGGUCUGUCAGGAGCUGGGGUUCAUAGACGGGCACGCCAUCUGCUGCUCUGCCUAUGGAAAACAGUUUGGUAACAUCACAGAUAAUUCGUCGGUGUCCCUACAAGACUGCGAGAACUCUGUCAUGUCGUUGAAGGACUGCGUCAAGUUGGUUCCUUUUUGUAAGAAUGGCACGUAUGCUUCCGUGAUGUGCCUCACGGAUAGGACCAUACAAGAAGACGGUACCCACAAGUUCACUCUCGAAGACACAUCUAAAGGUGACGGUCGUAUCUUGGUGAAAGUCUUCAGCACUACAGGGAGAGUGUGCAGCGUAGGUUGGGACGACACUGACGCUAUGGUGUAUUGCAAAUCAAAAGGUUACCCGUCAGGGAUUGCCUACUUUCAUUCAAAGGUCGGCUCUAAAUUUCAAACGCGCCAGAUCUUGCCGUAUUUGGUUAGUGAUGUGGACUGCAAGGGAGACGAGAGGUCACUUGAUAACUGCACCUUCAGCAAGGCUACAUCUCUGAAUCGUAACUGUACAGAAGGCCAUGAUGCUGGCGUGAUAUGCUUCAAGGAAGGAGGUAUAUCGUACCGUCGAGUCGCACCACCCAACAAAAUACCAGCGAACGCGGGACGUGUUGAAAUCAAAGUUGGUACAGAAUGGGGAACAGUAUGUGAUUCCAUGUGGGACAAGUAUGAUGCUGCCGUAUUCUGUCGAUCCUUGGGCGAGAGCUUUAACGAUGGUGACGCAACCUAUAGGUCAAACUUUGGGAGAGGGGCUGGGCCUAUAUGGCUGAGCCAUCUCCAAUGUAAAGGGACUGAGGCGUCGCUUCACCAGUGCGCACACCGAGGGUUUGAUGCCUCUUUUGAUGCUGGCAACGGGUUUCGGUAUUGGGAUUAUUGCAAGGGUCAUUUCACGGAUGCAGGCGUAGUCUGCUACAAAAAUGUGCGUCUGAAUCAGAUUUAUCAAAAGGUCCGCCGCCACGUCCAUUACGGCACCGUUGAAGUCUAUGAUGCGAAGAAGAAGGCCUGGGGAGGGGUCUGCUUCGAUGAUGGCUUUAACGACAACGCCGCCAAGGUUGUUUGCUCAGAAUUGGGCUACGUCGAUGGAAGGGCUGUCCCAAGAACGUCCUUCGGUAAUGUCACUGGUGGUAUUUUGGUGAACAAAGUGUUGUGUUCUGGAAAUGAGAAAUCCCUUGUUGAGUGCAAGAAAUCAUCUCCAAGCUGUAAGAGUGGCCAGUAUGCGGGCGUCUACUGCUCCAACGAGACGAUCACAGAUACAGGAUUCAAAGUGGCAUUUGCAGACGACAAAUACAAAAGUGAGGUGCAUGGAUCAUUAGAGGUUACACUAAAUGGCAUAACUGGCCGAGUCUGUGGUUACAACUGGGGCAAACACGAAAGUACCGUUGCGUGCAAGGGUUUAGGGUUCAUGGGUGGGAUACCACUCUUACAUAUUGCCCUAAAUAUGCAGCCGACUGUGAUGAGCAAUGUGAGCUGUGCCAUUGGAGCCACAACCCUGGCGUCGUGCAGCUACAAGAAAUGGGGGGAUAACUAUGCCUGUCGUGCCAACAGCUUCGAGGCUGGCGUUCUAUGUUACAAAAAGAAUUUCGAAAUACGGCUUGCAAAUGGAGGUACCGGACCAAACCCAAGCUUUGGAAGAAUCGAUAUAAAAUACGAUGAUGUUUGGGGAACCGUCUGCGACUGGAAUUGGAAAAACGCCGAUGCUCGUGUCAUGUGUCGAGAGAAAGGCUUUGCUGACGGUAUCGCCAAAGGGGGCUCUCACUUCGGGGCUGGCCGCGGGAGGAUCUGGGUUGAAAGGUUUUUUUGCCGUGGGACGGAGAAAUCACUUAUGGAAUGCCUCAAUACUGGGUUCAAUCGCACCGUCCCGAAUUACUAUUACUGCGCUAGCCAUAGGCGGGAUGCAUCUGUGAUUUGUUACAACGAAAAGAUAGAGGUAGACAAAGUCCGGCUUGCUGAAGGAAACCGAACAGCCGGUCGUCUUGAGGUCUAUGCCACCGGGAUCGGAAGGUGGGGUACCGUCUGUAACGAUCUGUUCAACAACAAUGCUGCCAAUGUAGUGUGUAGGAUGUUGGGGUUCGCCGGAGGGAAGCCGAGCACAGCGUAUCCUGCAGGGAGUGGUGAGAUUCUCCUUGAUAAUGUCUUGUGCAAGGGGGAUGAGAAAUCUCUCAAGGAGUGCCGAACGAAUGAUAUUGGUUCCCAUAACUGUAAGCAUGAAGAGGACAUCGGAGUUAUCUGCGAAGAAACGUCACCAUCAACUACUACAACAACUACCAAACCAGUGAAAUCGACCGUGACGCCAAAAGGAACGCUUACAGAACAACCGCCAACAAAAGCCGUGAGCCCAGGCAAACAAACUGGACCAGGUUUGAAGAAGUCUGGCAUUCUGGCUGCAAUCAUUGUACCAAUUGUCAUUAUCAUACUCUUCCUUGCCGCGAUUGCUGGAUUCAUUAUUUACAGGAUCCGUUCUGGUAAGGCAGCGGCGGCAGCGGCGGCAGCAACGGAGAGUAAUGGACCGAGCGGCCGGGAAUGCCCAAUGCAGAUCUCUAACGUGCUCUACGACAUGGCAAUGGAGGACCGGCCACACUCGCAGGAAAUCCCGACGAACUUCGAAAACCCUAUGUACGACAACGCCAACUCGAAUAAAGCAGACAUUGCUAUAAAUGAUGAUGGUGCGUCUGGGGUUUAUGCAUCCUUGGAUACUCCCCCCAUAUCAGUCAAGUCAAAGGAUGGUGAAGCGUCCCCGAGGCAUAAUAAGAAGAAAAAGGGCAAAUCAGACGACAAGGACGGUCUUGUUGAUAACAUACACUUGGAUGUCCCCAACAGCGAUGAGGGUUCGAAUGUUUAAGAUGGAGACUUCUGCACUCUUAAAAAUAAGGCGGACUUUUGGGCUUUCAGAAUUUUUUUUCUUGAGAAAUGAAUUCCUUUAAAGUUUUUGAGCUGAGAAAACCUCUAAUGAUUUUCCAUGUCCCUGAAUCAUAUUGGCGUGCCAAGAAGCUUUAUUUUUAAGCGGGUAGACAAUACAAUAUUGAGGAGCUGGAUAUAGGCUUCACAUAGUGCGUAUAUGCAGAUACAUGCAUGUAGCAAAUUUCAGAAUAUCAACAUGUAGAUGUAUAACCAGAAUUCUGAUGGAGGAUAAUUUUGAAGGUACAUGAAAGACAGGGAACCAGGCUACUUUUGUUCGUGGAGUUCUAGGUCUGGUCAAUCAGGGAGUCCCUCUUUGAAAGCCGUGAGGUCCUAGCUAAUGUGUUCGUAGUCUUACAAUUCGGACUCUGUUGUUCGUUUAUGGUAUGCUUUCAUUUAUUGGAUUGGUAUGCGAGGGACUACGCAAGAUCCGUCGCGGAGCCAUUUUACCGAGUUGAGAUUAGAAACUAGAACAACCGGCACUGUAAAUAUACAUAAUAUCACUCUAUAUAACUGUAUAAUCUGUAUUUACUCGGGUAACUUUUAAUCAAUUAUAUUUUUAUUGUCAAUGCCAUGCCAACACCGUGAUUAUCAUUGUGAUACAUAUUCUACGAGUUUUACAGGGUGUGUCAAAUGCAUGUGAAAACUUGGUUAUCCUAGACGUUUUCGCGUAGAGAAUUUAUAGAAGAAAAAAAACAUCUAGAACCAGAUCUUCCUUCUUAGUAAUAGUAUCUAACAUCAAUAACUUAGGCAUAUCUGUAUAUUCAUUUGAAAGACAGAAAGCAGAGGAUUAUUCCUGACCAGUUCCUUCCGGCAUUGUGGAAACGCAAAAUUCUGCUUAUGGUUAAAGCGUGAAGUUUUGACGAUUCGCCAAAUAUCGAUGAGUGCACAGCUUGUUCGUCGUCAAUUAAGAUAUUCGUGCCAGAGACAAUCCAGUUCAGGUCAUAUAAAGUGUUCAAUUUACUUACUUAACAUUCCAAUUUUUGUAUUACUUUUUAAUACACCUUACAGCUUGUUGAUGUAUUGUGUGGAUAAUUACACGGGUUCAUGUCCGUCUCUAUGCAAUAAUUCGUCCACCUGUUAAAAUUCAAGAAAGAGAUUGGUAAACAAAUUUAAAGUGAUUUUACUUGUCCAUGUUUGAAUAGAAUUAUAUUCAUAUAUAAUAUAUAUACAAGUUUAUAAGGCAGCCUCAAUGAAUUGACUGAACGAACGGAAUAAAAUCGAGAUAUUUUGCUAAAACAUAGCCAAAUGCAUUGUAGCAGAGAAAUGUAACGGCAGGAGAUAACGUCGGAUCAACUUUGUUGAGAGCAAGAAUUCCCGAAAAGAGAGCAGCACUGGUCUGUAAUGCAUGAAAAACAGUGCGCAUAAACCAAUAAACAAAUAUUUGUACUUACGAAUGUAUGUCUGGAACCAGAGAAACCCAAUGAUUUUCUUCUGUACGCCUCCCUUAAGCUGGAAAAUAAUUGCAAGACGUUUUUAACAUGGUUUUAUCAUCAUAGUUAUCUGUUCUUUCCGUCAAUUCGAUGAGCCCGUAGGCCCCACAAGAGAGUGUGCGAUGUAUACAAGUACACUGUCUUUCAUAAUUCGUCCAUUAUACUUUUAUCAUGGUACAUGUACAUGUAUUUAGGGAUAGAUCAUUUUAUCAAGAUUAUCCAUCCUAGGCAUUAUCAAAUCAAAUUGAUAAAUUUGUAGAUUUAUAUACAUUGUACAAAGAUAUAGAUUUUGAGCCAUAGCUGGCAAUUUUCAUAAAUCACUGGCUGUAUGUAUAUUAUUUUCUGAAUAAACAUGUGUUCAUUCUUACAAAAGCA